GUACAUUGUGUAUAAGAGGCCGAUGAGAGGACGCGGAAAAGAGGUUAUUCAAUUAGGGUUUCCCAUUGUCGAUGCUCCAUUGAUCCAUGAUGAUAGUGUAGUUAACCAUUCCAAAGGUCCUGAAGUAGAACCUAUCCCUGCUCAGUUGCAGGCUGUCAUUCACCGUCUCCUCGACCUCCAAGUUCUUACAUCGAAACCCGACGCCUGCGUUAUCGAUGUCUAUAACGAGGGUGAAUACUCACAACCACAUAUUCAUCCUCCAUGGUAUGGAAGACCCUUGUGCGUUAUGUUCUUGUCGGAAUGCGACUUUACGUUCGGGAAAAUCAUUUGGUCGGACCGUUCCGGCCAUUACAACGGAUCCACCAAGCUAUCUUUUGCUCCCGGAAAUCUCAUUUCAAUGGAAGGCCAAGCAGCUGAUUUCGCAAAUCACGCGAUUGACGCUACGAACAAGGAGCGAAUACUUGUAACGUUCACGAAAUCGCAGCCCGUGAAACCUCGGCCGAUGGUUUCCCGACCCAAGAAUCAUGGUCAUUGGCAUAUUCCCUCAAAUGGCGUAAUGCCCGCCUCCUAUAUACCGUCUUAUCACCCGAAUCUCAUGUCGGGAUACGUGUUUCAGCCUGCGGGAUUCGUGUAUCCGAACCCAUGCUUGGUUCCGCAGAGUGGUCACAUUAUCCCAUGGCACGAGCCGAGACAUCCUAUCCCCGGAACCGGUGUCUUCUUUCCUACCAACUCAGAACCGGACGACAAGAGCAGAAACUCCACUUCCGAGCACCAUGAUAACAAGAGCAAGAACUUGUCGAAUGAUGAUGAUGAUGAGCUACAUACGAUUACAGCUGGCCCGGAAAUUGCCCGGAGUGGUUCAGAUUCAAAGUAAGAAUCUUUUGCUUUUGUGUCCAGAGAUGAAACCUGCCUUUCUUGAAAUUAUCUCUUGCUCGGAUCUUUUCAUUGUCAUUCUC